AUGUCAACCCAACUUGGCAACCAGAAACGCAUGUUGACAACUUUUGCCAAUAAGCUUGAACAUAUCGUUUCGAGACUGAAGGAGGAGAAGCUAGAGGAAAUAACAAUAGAUCUCCAGGCACCGCGCAGUUUAGUAAAAGAAAAUGCCAGUAGGUUAGAAGAGGGUAUUAGCGCAAUUAUCUCGGCUACCGUCAAAGUAGAGAACAUUCUCAGCAACUUUGCAUCAAUACUUGAUAGGUGGGAGCAAUCCUCAGGGAAAGAACAAGAAGAUUUUGAAGUAUAUCUAUGCAAGUCCGAAUCAGCGCUAUCUUGCGCCUUCGACCUUAUGGUAUUGAUGCAAGCGCGACUGCAAGCACUAAUUUCCUGCGUAGAUACAGCUCAAUCAUAUUCAGCUACUCCGCAUGAUGCAAACAGCUCUUCGUUAGCAAUGAAUCAGCUACAGACGAAGCAGUAG